GUCUCAACCCACGUCUGCGUCGACGACUUGACAUAAACUUCGGGCAGCUUGACUUGAAUUCGCGCUCAAUAGGUAGCAUACGUUUGCUAGGCGCUUGCUGGACGACUACAUACCGGUUGUUCAAUCUAUUGCAACUCCGCACCGUCGUGUUUCAACCACUGCUCGUUUUUCGCAGAGCCGCCUGUUCUGACCAGGGCGCCGCAGCAAGUGCCCGCAGAGCGCUCGGGAGCGAGAUCGCGAAGCACACCGACGCCAUCCUCGACCUGAAGGGCCGCCUGAGCGCCAUGGCUCCUAUAUCCAAGCUGCCUCCAGAGGUCCUCUCAGAAAUAUUUGCGGUGGUCGCGAAGGUGUAUCAAACCACGCGAAAUCCCCCCCGUUUCCGCCCCAGACGGACGUACAAGUGGAUCAUUGUCACACACGUGUGCCGGUCCUGGCGACACGUCGCUCUGGAGACACCCCGCUUAUGGAGCAGGAUCGUCCUGUCCGACCCUGAAGCUACGCAGGAAGUCCUCGCCCGGUCGAAGAAGGCCCCUCUCUGGGUCACUGGCCAUGUAACCUGCCGGGAUGAACCCAGGAGGAAGCUCCUCGACGCAGUCAUGAAGGAGUCCUCGCGAAUGAAGGAGCUCGACUUGACCGGCCCCGUGCCCAUCUUCCAAAGCGUUGCUGCUCUGUCGAAAGGCGGGGCAGAGUUGCUGGAGAUCUUGUCGUUAUCGGGAAGUGGCAGAUGCGUCCCAGACAUUACCAUCCACCCUCUGUAUCACACUCUACCGGUGUUUUUCGGGGGUCAUACACCCAACCUCCGCCUGCACGUACAUAUGAUCUCUGUCAAGUGGGACAACCCCGUGUUGUGCGCGACGCUCACGAACCUCACUCUUGUGGCCAAGCAUGAUCUCACGUCCAGACUGGGCACUUUUGCUCAGCUUGACUCGAGCAUGCUCCCCGCGUCCCAGCGCACCGUGCUUCUCCCUAACCUCCGGAAGCUCACCCUCUCGUCCUACGUGCUCGACUGCGCCAACUUCCUCAACCACGUCUCCUUCCCCGCAGACACGCGCCUCGUCGUCACUGGGCGCACGGAGGUCGGCAUAGAAGAACUCGUGCGCGUCCUGAGCGAGCACCUCUCGCGCGCCCUGCCGCUCCUCACCGCGCGCAUCUCCCCGGUCUACACCUCGCAGAUGCGCAUCUCGGGCUGGCGCACGCUCCUUGCCGGGCCGCCCGCGGACAAGUCCGCCGCGCCGGCUGCAGACGUUGACCUCUACCUGGAGGCGUACCCACACCCGUGCGUGUAUCACGCGCUCGUGCGCCGCGCGACGUUCUUCGGCGCCGUGCGCAGGCUCGAGCUGCAGUCGCUGAUGGCGAUGUGGGGCUGGCAGGACCUCUUCGCGACGCUGUUCGCGCGCGUCGAGGACCUGCGCGUUCUCGCGAUCAGCGGCCAGCCCCAGCUCGGGCUCCUGGAGGCGCUGUCGGAGGUGCGCCGCGAGGCCGGGGACGGGGCACGGGGCAGUGUGCUGUCGGCGAAGCUACACACGGUGCAGCGCGUGAAGUUCGGCCUCUCGUACUCGGAGCUCGAGUGGGAGUAUCUGGAGCAGGUGCUGGGGUGGCUCAUGCUGCGGUGCAACGAGGGCGUGCCGAUUGAGAUGCUCGAGCUGCGGGAGUGCACCGACAUCGUGGCCGAGGACGUCAAUCGGCUGAGGGAGGUUGUGGCGGAGGUGGACUGGGACGGAAUCGAAAUUCACGUGAUCAAGGAAAACGAGGACGAGGACGUGAAUUUCCUCGACGUUCCGGACGACGACGACGACGACGACGACGACGACGACGAGGUGGACUGGACUCCGUUCGGAUAUUGA